GUAAAUAGCUUUUUAUCACAUGACAUAAAAGGAUUAUUUUAUUUGAAGAUUAGCUUGUAGCGGCUUCUUUAAAUAUUCAUUUUUUAAUAAUUAAUAAUUAUUGUUGAACUCUUGAUCUUUUUUUAGUAUCUACGUUCCUAUACUAAAAUUAUUAUGAGCAAACGUAGAGCUGGUACAGAACUUACAAGAGACAAUUGGGAUGAAGAAGAAGAGAAAAUUGAAGUAGGAACAUUCCAAGUUGCUGAUGAAUCAGUAUUAAAAAAUAGAAUAGUUAAAAGAGCAAAAAGAACUCUCAAACGUGAUGAAUCAGGAGAACCCAAAUCCAUAUUUUCUGGUUUUUCUGGUUUUGGAAAUUUAGGAAAUAACACAAAACAAGCAUUUUCAUUUUUGUCAAAUUGCAAUAAAAAAUCGGAUAUACCUAACUCAAAUGGAAAUCAUCCACUUGCAUCUACUACAAAUUCAAUGACUAUGUCUAGUAGUUUGAAAUUUUCUGAAAAUGAGAGCACAAAAAGUUCAAAUCCAACUUUGGUUGAUCCUGUUAAAGUGAUGAAACUAAAUGAAGCUUUUGUUAAAUUUAUUACAAAUGCUGUACAAAAAAAUCCAUAUUGUGUAUUGACACCUACAUUAAAAGAUUAUGAAAAACAAAUAAGUAAAUUUGUUGCUUUUAAUGAAGUAAAAUCAAAUACAACUAAUACUUCAUCCGAAUCACCACAAAUUUCAACAUCAGAAAAUACUUUUAAAAAUACUAAAGAUUCAGAAGAAAUGAAAAAAAGUUUUGAUAAUGCUCCUACAACAGCUAAUAACUUUAUAAAUUCUAAUAGCAAUACUAAAAGUUCUGGUUUUUCAUUUAAUUUUGAAAAUAAUAUUAAUUCUACUAUUGUUUCCAAAAAAGAAGAUUCUAAUAAAGAAACUAAAAAAGAAAAAGAAAAAAUUGAGACUGAUACUAAAAUUGAGCCUUUGGGCAAUUUAAAAAAUACUUCAUCGAUCUUUAGCGGGUUAAAAUCAAAUGACUCAAAAUUAAUUUCUCAACCUUUCUCUUUUUCUACAAAAACUCCAAACUUUGAAGCUAAUAAAAUGCCUCCCUCAAUAAAUGAUAAUGAAACUAAACAAAAUACUCCUUCAUUUAAUUUUGGUUCAAAUGUACCUCAAUUUUCAUUAAAUGCAACAGAUAAAAAUAAUAGCAAACCAUUCUUUAGUUUUGGAGAAAAAUCUGUUGCAGCUCCAUCUAAUAUAGAUUUAUCUAAAAACUCAACUGAUUCAUUUCAACCAGCACAAAUAGAAAAUGAUGAAGAUCAACCUCCAGUAGUGAAUUUUACACCAAUUAAAGAAAAUGAUGCCAUUUUUGAAUCUAAAAGUAAACUAUAUGUAUUAAAAGAUGGAAAGUAUGAAGAACUUGGAAUUGGCCAAUUGUAUUUGAAAAAAGUAGACAACAAAAAAAUUCAAUUAAUAAUGAGAAAUGAUAGUGCAUUAGGAACUAUAAUGGCUAAUACUCUAUUGAAUGAUACAGUUAAUUUCGUUAAGCGAAAUUCAAAAAAUAUUCAGUUGAUUUGUAUCUUAGACCCUACUAAAAAUACAAAACCCCAAACUGUUUUAUUUAAAUUUAAAGACUCGCAAGAUACAGAUUUAUUUGAAAAUGAAUUAUCUAAACUCAAAAACUAAAUUUAAUCAAUUCUUUAAUAAUAUUUUUUUUUUUACCUCAAGACAUUUUAUGAUUAAAAUAUACUUGUUGUCAUUUGUAUUAUUUCAUAAUUUUACAUAUUAUUUCAUAAUAUCUAAAAAUAUUUUAUUUAA